AUGCAAUCCAUCAAAUGUGUAGUCGUUGGUGAUGGUGCUGUUGGAAAGACAUGUCUGUUGAUUUCAUAUACAACAAAUGCUUUUCCUGGAGAAUAUAUUCCUACGGUGUUUGAUAACUACUCUGCUAAUGUCAUGGUAGACGGUAAACCUAUUAAUCUUGGCUUAUGGGAUACAGCAGGACAAGAAGAUUACGAUCGACUUCGACCUUUAUCUUAUCCUCAAACAGACGUCUUUCUCUGUUGCUUUUCACUUGUAAGCCCAGCAUCCUUUGAAAAUGUGCGAACAAAGUGGUAUCCAGAAAUUAGUCAUCAUGCACCUAAUAUUCCAAUCAUCCUCGUUGGUACCAAAUUAGAUUUACGUGAAGAUAGAGAUACGAUCGAACGCUUAAAACAAAAGCGUAUGGCACCUAUCUCGUACCCUCAAGGCCUUCAGAUGGCUAAGGACAUUGGCGCAGUAAAAUACCUCGAAUGCUCUGCUCUUACACAAAAGGGUCUCAAGAACGUGUUUGAUGAAGCGAUUAGGGCAGUGCUGUCACCUCCUGUGCGACCAAAGAAAAGGAAUCGUUGUGCAUUCUUAUAA